UUAACGUCACUUCCGCGUAGCGGACUCCGGCCUUGGUGAAGGGGGCCACCUGAAGGUUUGAGGCGGCGCUGCCAUGGCGACGGCGCGGACACCUGCUCGAGCCCGCUUCGCCGUGGUGGGGGGCGGGGUCGCUGGUGUCACGUGUGCUGAACAGCUUGCUGGACAGUUUCCAGGAGAUGAAAUCCUUUUAAUUACAGCAUCUCCACUUAUUAAAGCAGUGAUGAACUUCAAACAGGUUUCUAGGACCUUGGAAGAGUUUGAAGUUGAAGAAAGACCAACCCACUUGUUGAAAGAGCACUAUCCCAACAUUGAUGUGAUCCAUUCUGCAGUUCAAGGAUUGGAUGCUGCACAACAUAAAAUCCAUACAGAAGAUGGGAAGGAGUAUAUUUAUGAAAAGCUAUGCAUAUGUACUGGAGGCAGGCCAAAAUUGAUAGUCAGAGAUAAUCCAUAUAUUUUAGGAAUCCGGGAUACCGACAGUGCAAAGAAAUUUCAAAGUCAUUUAGCUAAAGCCAAAAGGAUUGUCAUUGUAGGAAAUGGAGGUAUAGCACUGGAACUAGUCUAUGAAAUUGAAGGCUGUGAAGUCAUCUGGGCUAUAAAAGAUAAAACAAUUGGAAAUACUUUCUUUGAUGCUGGAGCAUCUGAAUUUUUAAUUCCUCAACUCCAGGCUGAUAAGGCUCAGGCUGCUCUCCCUUGCAAAAGGACAAAGUACACUACAGAAGGUUUUGAAAGGAAAAAGGAAAGUGUUGCUGGAAGUGAAGCACAUGGUAGUGCAUUGGGACCUGACUGGCAUGAAGGCAUGAAGCUGAAAGGGACAAAACAAGCUUCACACAGAGUUCACGUUGAAUAUGAGUGUGAGAUUGAUAAAAUUUACCUACAGGAAGAGUUUAUAUCAUUGCAGAAAACAGCAUUAGCUUUCCCUGAAAAUAUAUCAGUAGAAAGAAAAGCUCAAAAAGAUGAAGAGUCUUGGCCUGUAUAUGUACAAUUGACAAAUGGGAAGAUCUAUGGCUCUGACUUCAUAGUGAGUGCAACUGGAGUAAUUCCAAAUGUUGAACCAUUUCUCACAGAUAAUCUUUUUGAUGUGGCAGAAGAUGGGGGCCUUAAAGUAGAUGAGCAGAUGCAUACCUCAGUACCGGAUAUUUUUGCUGCUGGUGACGUCUGCACUGUAUCUUGGGAGCCUCGAGCUCUUUGGCAUCAGAUGCGACUGUGGACCCAAGCUAGACAGAUGGGAUAUUAUGCAGCCAAGUGUAUAGCAGCAGAGAUAUUGGGGGAACCAAUUGAAUUGGACUUCUGCUUUGAAUCAUUUGCUCAUGUCACUAAAUUCUUCAAUUAUAAGGUGGUGUUGUUAGGCAAGUACAAUGCUCAGGGUCUGGGGAGAGAUUACGAGCUGCUUCUGCGAUGUACCAGAGGCCAGGAAUAUGUGAAGGUCGUGAUGCAGAAUGGAAGGAUGAAGGGAGCUGUGCUCAUUGGUGAAACUGAUUUGGAAGAGACCUUUGAAAACCUAAUUUUGAAUCAGAUGGACCUUUCUGCAUAUGGCGAAGACUUACUUGACCCUCACAUUGACAUCGAGGAUUAUUUUGACUAAGUCGUGCCAGAUAAUUUGUCUUUUAUUAUGUAGCCUGUGUAAUUUGGCCCAACAGAUUGUGAAGCUGCGCCUGCCUUCCUAGGUGGUUGUAUAAGAUGGCAUGGAGUUCCCUUAAGGUAUUGAAAAAGUUCUUCAUGUCUUGAUCCCUCAACUGACACCAGUACAAUUAUUUUGUUGUGUGCAAAUUGGCUUAUGUUAGUUUACAUAACAAAUCGACUGCAACAAAAAGGAAUUAAUUUACUCUUAGGCACUCAGGCACAUCUCUGAGCUUGUGGAAGGUGUAGGGCAGUUUAGAGUGGUGAUUGGUACAUUAUGUUGCAUUUUCUAACGUUCACCCAGCUUAAAGACUUUUUCCUCUCCCUUGCCUUUUCCAAUAUAUCAUAUUUUCUAGAAGUAAAUGUUGGAAAUUACGUUUGGUGUUUUAUUGGUAUUAACUCAUCCUCAGAGCUGUUUUUUCAGUGACUUCUAGCCUUUCAUUUGGAGCAACGUCACACCAGCUUCAGAGGGAGACUGUCAAAAUCUACUCAUCAUAUGAUACCUAGACAUAACAGUGUAUAACCAGAAUUUAUUCAGUUCUGCCUACAGGCAUGAGGAAUUUUUUUUCUAAUCUGCCGUUUACCUCAUGAUCAGGAGAUUUAGGAAAAGGAAGCUAUUCCAUGUAAUGAAUGCUUCAGAACAUGUUUAAAUUUACACAUUUAAAAUUUCAAAUAAAAGACAUGAAGCAAAUGCGAAUGUAAAGUUUUAUGCAGUAGGUAAUUAUGAUCUGGUACUUUCUGCUUGCAACGAUGGCAGAAGUGCAGUAAGUCAGGGCUUUACUAGGGAAUUGGAUAGCACUUCAAGGAAAAUAAUUUCCCAGGCCAUAAGGAAUGGGAUUGAUCAAUUGCACUCAAAUCAAUGGCAGAUUUCAGUGUACUAUGCCUUAACAAUUUUAUAAAUAUACACUAAAUUUGUUAUAAAGCAACCUACAGAGCACUGGAGGAACUCAGUGGGUCAGGUAGCAGCUAUGGACGGAAAUGGACAGUUAAUGUUUUGGCUUGAGACUUUUCAUCUGGACUAGAAGGAACUAGCGGGUAUAGCUAACCUAAAUCGUUGACUGUCCAUUUCCCUCCAUAGAUGUUCUUGACCUGCGGAGUUCCUACGGCAAUUUGUGGGUUGCUCCCGAUUCUAGCAUUUACAGUCUUUUUUGUGUGUGUGUGUAUGUCUCUCUCUGCCGCUUUAAUGUAAUUAAUGGCAGUUUAAAUCCACCAUGUCAUCGUUUUUUUAUAAAUUACAGCCAUUGAAUAUGCUGUAAAUUUAGAUUGUCUAUCAAAGGAAUCCAUAAGAAAAAGAAUGAAUAAAUUGCUGAUGAUGGAAAACAACAUGACCAUAUCCUAAACUCCCACUCAACAAAUUAUCAGACUAAAGCUGUCAUUACUGCAAUCCAAUCGUGUACAGUUUCUCAUCAUCCCAUCAACAUGAGAACUUUCCCUCGUCAGGUAAAGCAUGCAAUCCAGUAUCCCAUGUCAGAGGGUUUUGUCAAUUUGUAACUAUGUUAGAUUUGUGAUCUUAAGAAAGAAACUAAUUUUAAUGCUAACCAGGAUUACUGACCAGGAAUUACCUCUUUUAUUUUCUCCUUUUCUGAAUUUGAUGGAUUUUUUUUUACACAGGAUUAUACAUUGCAUUGUGCUCAUGCUGGUCAAAGUGGAACCAUCCAUUCUAAUCCCUCUUCCCAUGAUUUAGCCUGCAGCUUUGUAAAUCGCAUCUCAUCAUAAGCACAAG